AGUUGAACACCCAAAUUUGAUGAUUAAAUAGCUUAUUGUUAGAAUUAGUUUGGAUAAGUGAAUCAAACAAUAAUUAUUUUAAAAAGUUGCUGUGUAGGAGUGGAGGUAUUUUUGUCAGAUAGGUUUUUAAAAAUGAUGAAAACCUGUCCUGGAAUAAUUCGCAUUUGUCUGUCUCCGAUCGCCAUUUCCAUAUUUGGUCGAAGGUCAGCCAGCGAUUGUUGACAAUUCUGACUUUGACAAUUCUAUGACAUUUGAUCAAUUUAGAAGUUUAUUGUCGUUAAUAAAAUAGGUCAUAAAUUUUUUUAACAGUAUCAAUUUCAGUGCGUUUUGGUGCAUUUUGAGUCAACAUAUUCAAUUAAUCAUUAUGGAUGACCAUCUCGGUGCAAGAACUUUAAAGCAACACAAGAAAAUCCCCAUAUACAUAGUAGAAAAUCACCACGAGGUCGUACCUUUCAUCCAAAAAAACAUAGGAUCCAAACAUCUACCCGUGAGUGGAUCUACAUUCGUCCAUUUUGAUUCUCAUCCAGAUAUGCUAAUACCCAUUGAUAUGCCUGCUGGGUACGUUUUUGAUAAAAAUAAGCUAUACGGGAGUCUUAGUAUAGAGAACUGGAUGAUGCCUCUAGCAUACGCUGGUCAUUUAGGACAUUUGAUAUGGAUCAAACCACCAUGGGCUCACCAGAUCGAAGAUACCAGUCAAACUUUCAAUAUCGGACGAGUUAAAGCUUCUGGUACCAUUAGACUCGAUUGUAAAGAAACGUAUUUUGUAUCAGAAUGCUUAUACGAGCAUCAAAAGAAUUUGAACGAUAUAAAAAGUGUACAACUAGACGUGGUGACUUUAGGAAAUUCUCUAACCGAAGGUAGCGACGAUUUUGGUAAAAUUAGAACGCUGGUAUCAAAAUCGGACGUCCCGUUAAUCUUAGACGUCGAUUUGGACUUUUUCAGCACAGGUAAUCCAUUUAAAAGGAUGUACGAAAAGGCUGAUCUAUAUGCCAAACUUAAAAAAAUAUACUACUACGAAUCACCGUCAUCAAAAGAUGAUGAAGUUAUUAACAAGGCUGUUAGAGAUAGAAAGACGCAAAUUCUGAAACUUGAAACCAUUUUCCUUUACCUCGAGAAGCAUAGAAAAAUGCCAGCGCCAGAUGAAUCUUGUUUGUUAUGGAAACAAGUAGAUGAAUUGAGGAAGACCGUGGUAGAAAACUAUGAGGAUAAGGAUAUCGAUUGGUUGAUGGUGCAUGAUGCUGGUUGUACCUGCGACGAAACAGAAUUGCCAGAACACAUAUCGACGCCUGAAGAGUUGGAUAUUAUGUUCGAAAGUUUCAAAAAUUUCUUGGAAGCUCUGCCGCGCACUCCUGUCAUCGUAACUAUUUCAAGAUCUAGUGAAGAUGAUUAUACUCCGUUUGAGAGUGUGGAGAUGAUACAGGAAAAGGUUCUUGGUUAUUUGAAGGAAAGAUUCGAAUGUGCAGAGCCGGUGCUGAAUUAUUUAGAAAAAGUUACCGAUUAGGUUUGGACAAAGGUGUCAUUUGUUAAUUUAUAUGGCGAAAUUAGAUAAUUUAAUUGAUAUAAAUGAAUAAAUGCGAAAUUUAAACUCUU